UUGGCGUGAUGCGACGACGCGUGGCACCCACGGGGGCUGAUGUGAGCGCGCCCAUUCGUCUGAACCGACGUUCACUGGCGAUGAGUGUUCUCUUCUGCGUCAACCUCCUCUUAAUGCCGUUCAAAGCGUACCUCUCGGAGGACUCGCCGUUCCACCAGUCGAGUGCGGUGCCGCCAGCGGCGUUGCAGCCUACGCUGACAUCGCCCAACUUUACGACCUUCGCGCCGCCGUUCUUGUCGUUGCUCCAAGACCGGUUUGCACACAUGGACGCUAGUGCGAGGGCGCGCGCUGACUUCUUCUACGAUGACACGUACCGCGUCGACGUCUACCGGCGCGUCUUGGUUUUGAACCACUCUCCGACGGCACUCGUCCUCGCGUUUCCCACGUCCAUGUUCUACACGUCGUCUGCAGCGGCACUGAUUCAGACGCACGCCAACGGCGCACUCGAGGACGUCGAGUUCGCGUCGUACGUCACCUUUCUCGACCUCGUGGGGUUCACGCUGGCCGCAUGGGUACGGCGCGGCAACACCAUUUCUGGAAGCUCGAGCAAGGUGAACGAGUACACGAUCUACUUUGCGAUGCGCACGAUCGACUUGCCGUACUUUCUCGUGUGCUCCAAGUUCGCGAUCCGAUGUCUUCUCAGCCUUGGCACGGCCAGAUACUUUUACAAACACUACUACGGCGCGGUGCGGAGAUUGCUGCUCGCGUACCGCCGGACGCCACGACCAGCAGGCGUCAGUCAUCUCGAGUUGCUCGUUGGCGAGCCAACAGACUUCGUCUUGACGAAUGGCUGGAUCACGCUUGGCUACACGAUGGACUGCGUGCAGAGUUUGCAGUUCAUCGGGCGCGCCAUGAGCCGAGCGAGCAACAUGGAUAUUCAGCCCGUGGCGGGUCUCAUCGCCAUCGUGUAUCUCUCCCGGCUCGUCUGGUUUAGCUAUUUGGCGCUAAUAUGGCUUUCCCGAGUGCUCCAUUGGCGACAGCUGGCGCACCUAUACGUGCCCGUUGACUCGCUCGUGGUCGCAGCGCUCACAACGCUCAACGCGGCAGGUGUCCUUGCGCUCUGCACCAACUCGUUCGAUUUCCUCUCAAUGUUUUACACGCUCAUGCAGUCGGUGGUCUUCGCCGAGCAUGCACAGUAUCAAGUAGACUCGACGCUUGGAUUGAUAUUCUUCGCCAGCUUCACCAGCUUGACACCUCUUGGGCUCGGUUUCUUGCUCGCGUACUGGAACCGGUGGCGGCCCACGGUAUGCCUACCAGUGAUCUCGUUGCGUGCGCGAGUGCUGCUGUGGCUCUGCGGCAUUCGUGGCACGUCACUGGCAGCCAAGAGGUGUGUCGCCCCAUACCUUGCAACAUUCCUUACGACGCACCCAAGUGCUCGAGCCAACUGCACACUCAGUCACGAAGAUGAAGACUGCUAUCUCGUUGCGUACAGCAAAGCGCAUACUGUGCUCUGGGUGCGCCGGCUGGUCUGGACCAAAACGCUGGCACUGCAGCGCGCCACGUCAUUGAUCACGGCCGCCUCACGCGAUGCCACGUCACCGGUCGCGCAUUUGUCGGCCGACGUGGAACACGACGCUUGCAUCACAUUAGGAACUGACGACGCCUACGAGUGGAUUUACUAG